AUGGAGGUAGUCUCUCCAGGGCAAGGGGCCAAUGGCCAUCCGUCCUCCUCUCCUGGACCAGUAACCAUUAAUCCGAACCUGGUCGUACGAUACCUUGUGGACCUUCUUGAAAUAAUACUAGGGGCCACUACAGAGGAUCUAGAAAGCAAAGGGAGCAUACUUUCGGAAUUCAAAAAGAGUGAUACGGUGCAGCGGUGUACACGCUUCGCUUCCGAAUCGCAAGUCGCCCUCUAUGUCCAGAAGGACGUCAUCUCUCCAGAUGUGCCUAACAGCAGGGCGAACGGCCAUGUCUCAUCCGAACAUGCAGGCCACUACGUCUACUCGCUGUCUUCGGAGAUUUCAGUUUCCCCCAGCACAGUUGCUUCCGUGGCCCUCAUGAAACGUCCGCAACCUAUAGAUCCACGGGUACCCCUUUCCACACAAAUACAGGUCAUCAACCUACCCGGUGUCGCAACUUUGGACGAGAGCAGCACAAUCCAAGGAAACCCAUUCUCACCAUACGAGAUCCUCCAUUCAAUGGUGCACUUAGCCUUGGCGCCAUAUUUCAAUGCUUAUACCCGGGGUCAAAAGUCGUUGGCGGGCAGCCACGACCGGUCCGAUGCAGACGCAAAAACAGGCGUGCCUGGCACAAAGAAGAAGCUGGCAGAACUCGAGCUCAGCUUUUUGCAUCUACAACAAAAUGUUGAAAUCCCUGAAUUAGUCUUGUCUUUUCCCGAUGUUGUUCAGGAAGCUCUCAAUACAGCAGCUGCGAGGAAUACCAAACCAUCGAUAGACGUGAUACCCUCCCAGCUUCUGUCGGAUACCAGAUUUUUAAAUGACCUUCAAAACACAGUCAAUAAUUGGAUCAAAUCAAUACAGGCAAUCACGAAGAUGUUUCGCGACCCUGAUAGUGGCUCGGCUACUCAAGAGAUCAACUACUGGCUCUCUCUCGAAUCCGCGUUGAAGAGCAUCGACUUACAAACAAAGAAUGAUGGGGUACAACUCACGCUGGAUAUCCUACAACACGCAAAGCGCUAUCAGGUCAAAGUCAGCUUUUAUGCAGAUACUGGACUAAAAGACGCCUUGGACAUCGUCCAGAAGUACAAUCAGUUGAUGCGGGAGUUCCCUAUAGAUGAUCUUCUGGCCUCGACUACAUUGCAGAAAGUGCAGGAUUCCUUGGACACCAUAUUCGGCCAUCUUAACAGAAAGCUUCGAUUCACCACAUACCCCAUCGCACGUGCUCUGCCCCUCGUUAACGCCAUUUCCGGAGAUCUCGAUACUCAGCUCCACUCUCUUCUCCAUGGUCGAACGCUCAUGCACCUUGAGUUCAAGGACUUUGAAGCCGUGAUGGAUGUCGCAGAAAACAUAUGGAUUACGUGGGACGAACAUGCCAAAGACUUCACAAACGUAGCCCGAGAGCUCAUGAGAAAGAGAGCCGAGAAAUUCAUGCCGAUCAAAGUAGCUGGCCGCCAUUUGAGAACACGGGAUCGCAUGAACUAUAUCAAGACAUUUCGUGUCAACCACGAGCAAUUGCAAAGGACAAUUGUCACUGUUCUGGGCAACAAAGGCUUGAGCAGUACCGCGCAAGAUGAAGCAGAUGGCGACCAAGUCGUUCUCGUGGAAGAAAUUGGAGAUGUUGAUGCGGUGCAAGAAGUAGCUCAAGCAUACGCGGCUCUCAAAGACGUCGAUGUUCUUGAUGUGUCUGAGGAAGGAACGCAGAUCUGGGUGCAAGCAGAGUCGACCUACAACGAGCGCACUUCAAGAGUAGAAAACUCCAUCAUCGCUCGCCUCAGAGAUCGUCUAGCGACUGCUAAAGGGAGCGCAACAGAGAUGUUUCGGGUCUUCUCGAAAUUCAAUGCCCUCUUUGUCCGACCAAAGAUACGUGGAGCGAUCGGUGAGUAUCAAUCUCAGCUCAUGGAUAAUGUCAAGCAUGACAUUUCUGAUCUACACGAACGCUUUAAGCAACAGUAUGGUCAUUCCGAAGCUCAUGCCAUGGCUCAGCUCCGGGACUUGCCUCCAAUAGCGGGGGCCAUCAUAUGGGCUCGUCAAAUCGAAAGGCAACUCGAUGGUUACAUGAAAAAGGUGGAGCAGGUCCUAGGUCAGGAUUGGGCUCUACAAUCGGAAGGACAGAAGCUAGAAGCGGAAAGCACAAUGUUCCGUCAGAAGCUUGACACCAGACCAAUAUUUGAGUCUUGGUUGCAAGAUACUCAAAGAAGAAACAUCUCAAUUGGUGGUCGACUUUUUGGCAUCACUCGAAAUCGCGCAAUGGGAAACACACUGGAGCUUGCCAUUAAUUUUGAUCCGCAAGUCAUUGUGUUAUUCAAAGAAGUAAGAAACCUGCUUUGGCUAAAUUACCAGAUCCCGCACGCAGUCAGCAGCAUUUCGAAGGAGGCGAAGAGGGUCUAUCCAUACGCCGUUAGUCUCAUGGAAAGCGUUCGAUCUCUGGCCCAGACGAGUCGUGUUAUCGACUCCAUGCCAAAAGUUUCCAUGCUGCUAAGCGGUUAUCAGAAGGAAAUUCAAACCCUCAUUCUCACAGGGGUGAAUCUUAAGUGGGAAUCUUUCGUGCACUCAUACGACCUCCAUGUGAAGCACGCCCCAGUGCUUGCGGGUGGCCCAGCAGCUCGGUCAGCUACUGCUGGUCGAAGCGAGAGCAAGCAUGUGCAAUUUGUACGUGAUUUUGCUUCGACCACCUCGGUAUUGCAGAGCAAGACUUCGGCUUUACAGAUCAUCUACGACAACGUCCAGAACGCGAUGAACGACCUGCAAACCUGCCCUUAUGACGCACCAGCCUUUGGGGCGCGCUUAGAGACCAUUCAAACAGCGGUCGAUCAACUCAACUUGGAAAAUUACACGAAUCUGGCUUUCUGGGUCAGCGAGAUGAACCAGACCAUCGAGAAUGUUCUCAUCGAGCGUCUUCACAAGGCAAUGCACGCCUGGGUCGAGACUUUCAAUGCGUCCAGAACAGAAAAGGCCAACGACAAUAGUGCUCGUAGACGAGCCCGAGUAGAUCACGAUGAAAACCCUAAUGUGCCCCCACUUCGAGCAUUAGUCCUUGAAGUAUUGAUGCGAAACCAAGUCGUCUACCUAGAUCCUCCCAUCGAGUCUACUCGUGCCAGCUGGCUGUCUCAGUUGCAUGAAUGGCUUGCUGUGGCAUGCAAUUUGCCUAUCAUCAUGUCUUCAAGAUACGAGAUGAAAAUUAGCGUUAAUGGUCCUGGCGCAAUGAUGUCACGCUUCACACAUCUUCCGAGCAGGUGCAUAGAUACUUUGUCCACAGUGUAUCAAGUUAUUGAGGACAAGAUCCAUGAUAUUUCUGGAUACGUGGAUAAAUGGCUUCAGUUCCAGUCUUUGUGGGACCUCGAACCAGAGCACGUUUAUGAUAUUCUAGGAGAUGAUUUGGCGAAAUGGCUACAGCUUCUCCAGGAGAUUCGCAAGACUCGUGAAACAUUUGAUACCUCUGAGUCAAGCAAGAGCUUUGGAACGGUGACAAUUGAUUAUGAGCAAGUUCAGACAAAAGUCACCGGAAGAUAUGAUCAAUGGCAACACGAAAUACGCCUUAAGUUUGCAGGUAGACUAGGGAACAGGAUGCGCGAGAUCUACGCAGAAAUCGAGAAAGCUCGAAGAGAUCUUGAGGGACAAUCGUUAGAAGCAUCGUCUACCGCCCAAGCCGUCUCAUUCAUCACCGUUGUUCAGCAAUGCAGAAGAAAGGUGGAGGUCUGGGAACCCGAGAUUGAGAUCUUUCGCCGAGGCCAGACACUUCUAAACCGCCAGCGUUAUCAGUUCGCCAAUGAUUGGCUAUUUGUUGAUCAGGUUGACCAUGAAUGGACUGCACUGAAUGAGAUCCUCGAUCGCAAAAUAAAGAUCGUGGAAGACCAGACUGAUGCACUGCGCGCGAAGAUCUUGGCUGAGGACAAAGUUGUCGGCGAGAAAGUCGGCGACGUGAUAGCCAGCUGGAAUGACGAGAAGCCGAUAUCUGGAAGCAUCCCUCCAAACGAAGCGUCUGCCACGCUUGGCUCGUUCGAGACACGGCUUACGAACCUGCGCUCCGAGUCAGAUAUGGUGUUCAAGGCCAAAGAGGCCUUGAAUUUGCCUGGUAAUCCUGAUACAGCGUUAGCUGCGAUCUUAGAAGAGGUCCAUGACUUCAUGUCCGUAUGGGCUGCUCUGUCAACCAUUUGGAAGAGCCUGAACGAUCUUCGUGAUACCCUCUGGACCAGUGUGCAACCAAGAAAAUUACGACAGUCAAUAGACAAUCUCAUCAAGAUGACGAAAGAUAUGCCAAGCCGUAUGCGACAAUACGCUGCCUUUGAGCACAUACAAUCAGUUCUUCGGCAGCUCCUGAAAGAGAAUCCUCUCCUCUCUGACAUGAAAUCAGAAGCAGUCCGUGAACGUCACUGGGUCAAAAUCUACAAAGUCUUGAGGCCUGGAAAGAGAUAUUCGUCCGUCUCGAUGAGCCUCGGAGAUGUUUGGGAUCUUCAGCUUGCUGCGAGCGAAGCAGUCAUCCGGGACAUUGUCGCUCAAGCGCAGGGAGAGAUGGCGCUUGAAGAAUUCCUCAAGCAAGUCCGUGACACCUGGCAGAGUUAUUCUCUGGAUCUGGUCAACUACCAGAACAAAUGUCGUUUGAUACGGGGCUGGGAUGAUCUGUUCGCCAGGUGCAGCGAGAACCUCAACUCUCUACAAGCAAUGAGACAUUCGCCAUACUACAAGGAAUUCGAAGAAGAAGCUUCAUCCUGGGAAGACAAGCUCAACCGAGUACAUGUCCUGUUCGAUGUCUGGAUCGAUGUGCAAAGACAAUGGGUCUACCUUGAAGGUGUUUUCACCGGCAACGCGGAUAUCAAGCAUCUACUUCCUGUUGAGUCUUCGCGCUUCCAAAACAUCAACUCGGAGUUCUUUUCCGUGCUAAAGAAGGUCUACAAGUCGCCAUUUGUACUGGACGUUCUCAACAUCUCCGGCGUGCAGAAGUCAUUGGAGCGCCUGGCUGAGCUUCUCAACAAGAUCCAGAAGGCCUUAGGAGAGUAUCUCGAGCGUGAACGCAUGUCUUUCCCCCGAUUCUACUUCGUUGGUGACGAGGAUUUGCUUGAGAUCAUCGGGAAUAGCAAUGACACCAUAAGAAUCUCAAAGCAUUUUCGAAAGAUGUUUGCAGGUCUAUCUGGUCUACUAAUGGACCAGGAAUCUACAAUCACAGGCUUUGUAUCCAAGGAAGGCGAGCAAGUGCAGCUUAAGAGACCUAUCUCACUGGUAAAGACCCCCAAGAUCAAUGACUGGCUUGCAGCGCUAGAAAGCAAUAUGAAACUGUCCUUAGCUGAGCUUCUUGGAGAAGCUGUGCAGUCGUUUGGAGCACUGCUCGAUAAUUCUAUGACCGGUGCCUCGUUUUUCAACGAUUAUGUCGCCACCUUCCCGGCUCAGAUUGUUGUACUUGCAACGCAAGUAGUUUGGACUACCUCGGUCGACGCUGCUCUAGCUUCCGGCGGUGAACGUCUACAGUCCUUGUACGAUGUAUCGGACAAGCUCCUUGAUCUUCUUGCAUCAACCGUUCUAGGAGACCUUGACCUCUUGAUGCGAAAGAAAUGUGAGCACUUGAUCACCGAAUUUGUUCAUCAGCGAGAUGUCAUUGCGAGACUCAUAAGCACGAAAGCCUCGAGUGCAACGCAUUUUUUGUGGCUCCUACAAAUGCGUUACGUUUACAAGCCUGAAAGCGAGUUCGCUGAUCGUCUACGGAUCAAGAUGGCCAACGCUGAUCUCGUAUACGGCUUUGAGUACCUGGGAGUGCCUGAACGACUUGUCCGCACUCCAUUGACUGAUCGCUGUUUCCUCACCUGCACACAGGCUAUGGCCCAGCGCUUGGGAGGAUCUCCUUAUGGCCCAGCGGGUACCGGCAAGACAGAGUCAGUCAAAGCUCUUGGUGUUCAACUUGGAAGGUUCACAUUGGUUUUUAACUGUGACGAUACUUUCGAUUUCCAGGCCAUGGGCCGUAUCUUUCUUGGGAUAUGUCAAGUUGGUGCGUGGGGAUGUUUCGACGAGUUCAAUCGAUUGGAGGAGCGCAUUCUCUCAGCCGUGUCUCAGCAGGUACAAAACAUUCAAUUAGGCUUAAAGAAAGGCAUCGACACCGGCAAUGCGCAAAUCGAAUUGGCCGGACGGCAAUUCUCGGUGAACGCCAACACUGGAAUUUUCAUAACGAUGAAUCCAGGUUACGCAGGACGCUCAAAUUUGCCCGACAACCUGAAGAAACUAUUCCGUAGCGUGGCCAUGUCAAAACCGGACAAAGAACUUAUUGCCGAAGUCAUGCUUUAUUCUCAAGGCUUCAAACAAGCCAAACAGCUUUCGAAAAAAACCGUGCCGUUCUUUGACAGCUGCGCAGCUCAGCUGACAAAACAAGCCCAUUACGAUUUCGGUUUACGGGCUCUCAAGAGUGUACUCGUCAGUUCAGGCGGGCUCAAACGCACGAGGCUGACGACUCGGACGCAAAAUUCCCAGGCAGAGGAAGAAUUGGAGCCCCAGAUCAUUGUUCAGAGUAUUCGAGAGACCCUUGCGCCAAAGUUGAUCCGUGAGGAUGUCGAGACAAUGAAGCGAGUCGAAAAGGCAGCGUUUCCAGGCGUGAAUUACGUAUCUGCAGACCUGCAAGGAUUGGAAGGUGCAAUCAGAAAGGAAGCUGCUGAGAGAAACCUGGUAACAAAUGAAACCUGGAUGACAAAGAUACUCCAAUUGUAUCAAAUCCAGGGCAUUCAUCACGGUGUCAUGAUGGUAGGUGACUCCGGUUCCGGCAAAUCCGCAAUAUGGAAAGUCCUCAUAAAAGCCCUCCAACGCAUGGAAGGUACCGAAGGUGUAUGGCAUAUAAUUGACUCGAAAGUCAUGUCAAAAGAAGCUUUGUACGGCAACCUUGACAGCACAACGCGUGAGUGGACCGAUGGAUUGUUUACCAGUAUCUUGCGAAAGAUAGUCGACAAUCUACGCGGAGAAGAUUCUAAGAGACACUGGAUCGUCUUUGAUGGCGACGUAGAUCCUGAGUGGGUAGAGAACUUGAACAGUGUGCUAGACGACAACAAGUUGCUAACCUUGCCAAACGGAGAACGCUUGAGCUUGCCGCCAAAUGUCCGAAUACUAUUCGAAGUCGAGACUCUGAAGUAUGCAACUCUCGCAACUGUGAGUCGUUGUGGUAUGGUCUGGUUCAGUGAUGAUACUGUUACAUCAGAUAUGCUAGUAUCAAAUUAUCUUCAGGGUUUGCGAAGCACGGCAUUUGAUGAAGUCGACGAGGAUAGCACUGGCCAGACGUCGGCAAACGCCUUAGGUCUACAGGAACAGGUCGCGGAUCUACUCCAGCAUUUCUUGGGAACCGAGCACCUUCUUGACAAUGCUUUGAUGGAAGCACACAAGUACAGUCACAUUAUGCAAUUCACAGAGAUUAGGGCACUCAAUACCCUGUUCUCGUUGCUAAACAAAUCCUGCAGAACAAUCAUGGAGUACAAUGCACAACACGAAGACUUUCCCCUCGAGCCAGACCAAGUCGAAUCAUUUACCUCUAAGAAGAUGCUCCUUGCCUUGGUUUGGGCGCUGGUUGGAGAUUGCCCGAUUAGAGAACGGCGAGCUUUUGGCGAACACAUCGCCGGCUUGACAACCUUUGAUACUCCUCUGCUUAGCGACUCAUCUUCGUUAAUUGACUAUGACGUCUCCCUUCCACGAGCAGAGUGGACACCUUGGCAGAACCAAGUGCCCAACGUCGAGAUCAACACCCACUCAAUCACCGACACCGAUGUUGUCAUCCCCACACUUGAUACAGUACGUCAUGAGGACGUUCUCUACUCUUGGCUCGCAGAACACAAGCCCCUUGUCCUAUGUGGCCCGCCAGGAUCCGGAAAGACUAUGACGCUUUUCAGCGCCUUGCGUAAAUUGCCAAACAUGGAGGUAGUUGGGCUCAACUUCUCUAGCGCAACGACUCCAGACCUGCUGAUCAAAACAUUUGACCAAUACUGCGAGUACCGGAAAACUUUGAACGGUGUAGUCAUGUCCCCAACCCAGAUUGGUAAAUGGCUUGUGUUUUUCUGUGAUGAGAUCAAUCUUCCACUUCCUGACAAGUAUGGGACCCAAAGAGCUAUAUCCUUCCUUCGACAGCUGGUUGAGCAGAAUGGCUUUUGGAGAACAUCAGACAAGACCUGGGUCAGGCUCGAACGUAUCCAAUUCGUUGGAGCUUGCAAUCCUCCAACUGAUGCCGGACGUACACCGAUGGGCGCACGGUUCCUAAGGCAUGCUCCUCUAGUCAUGGUCGACUAUCCCGGAGAGGUCUCUCUUCACCAGAUCUACGGCACAUUUAACGGCGCUGUCUUGAAAAUCAUUCCCAACCUUCGUGGCUACUCUGAUCCACUCACCAAAGCAAUGGUACAGCUCUACGUUGAAUCACAGGCACGUUUCACACCCAAAAUUCAACCACAUUAUGUUUACUCGCCUCGAGAGCUGACAAGAUGGGUUCGUGGGUUGUACGAAGCCAUCAGACCGUUAGAGACUCUCUCAGUAGAAGGGCUGGUCCGGUUGUGGGCCCACGAGGCUUUGCGGUUGUUCCAAGACAGACUUGUAGCGGAGGAUGAACGCAAAUGGACUGAUGACACCGUGCGGCGCAUUGCAUUAGAGCAUUUCCCGAACAUCGAUGAUGAUGCAGCUUUGAAAGGCCCGAUCCUCUACUCGAAUUGGCUCUCCAAGAAUUAUGUCCCAGUAGGGCGUGAGCAGCUCAGGGAUUUCGUCAAGGCAAGACUAAAGACAUUCUGCGAAGAAGAGGUGGAUACGCCAAUCAUCCUAUUCAAUGAUGUGCUUGAGCAUGUGCUUCGUAUUGAUAGGGUUUUCCGUCAGCCCCAAGGACAUCUCAUUCUCAUUGGCGUCAGCGGAAGUGGUAAAACAACACUCUCACGGUUUGUAGCUUGGAUGAACGGACUCAAGGUCUUUCAAAUAAGGGUGCACGGCAAGUACUCUGCAAGCGACUUUGACGAUGACCUUCGGGAUGUUCUUCGCCGUUCCGGAUGCAAGGGCGAAAAGAUUUGUUUUAUCAUGGACGAGUCUAACGUCCUUGACUCGGGCUUCUUGGAGCGUAUGAAUACUUUACUCGCCAAUGCUGAAGUUCCAGGUCUAUUUGAAGGAGACGAGUUCGCAGCACUUAUGACUGCCUGCAAGGAAGGCGCGCAGCGCCAAGGCCUACUCCUCGACUCCCAAGAAGAAUUAUACAAAUGGUUCACUCAGCAGAUAAUCAAGAACCUGCACAUCGUCUUUACAAUGAAUCCGCCAGAAGAUGGCUUGUCCUCAAAGGCUGCAACGAGUCCAGCAUUGUUCAAUCGCUGCGUCCUGAAUUGGUUUGGAGAUUGGUCAGACCAAGCGCUCUUCCAAGUUGGAUCAGAGCUUACUCAAUCGGUUGAUCUCGAUCGUCCUGAUUUCGUUGCGCCUGAUAGCAUUCCCGUUGCGUACGGCGAUCUUUCACUCCCAGCUUCCCACCGCGAUGCCGUGAUUAAUUCAAUGGUCUACUUCCACCACUCUUUACAUCGAUUCAAUCAACGUCUUCUAAAACAACAAGGCAAGAAGACCUUCCUUACGCCUAGGCACUUCCUCGACUUUGUCGAUCAGUGUGUGCGGCUCUUCAACGAGAAGCGCGAGGACCUAGAAGAGCAGCAACGACACCUUAAUGUUGGCUUAGAGAAGCUAAGAGACACUGUGGCUAAAGUGAGGGACUUACGUGCAAGUCUGGCGCAAAAGAAGGUUCAGCUAGAGAAGAAGGACGCCGAGGCCAACGAGAAGCUGCAGCGAAUGGUUGCCGAUCAACGCGAAGCAGAACAACGCAAGUCUGCUUCUCUUAAAAUCCAAGCCCACCUUGAUAAACAAGAAGAAGAGGUAGCGAAACGGAAAGAAGUGGUCAAUGCUGAUCUGGCAAUGGCGGAGCCCGCUGUACUGGAUGCCGCAGAAGCGGUCGGCAAUAUCAAGCGUCAACAUCUGACCGAAGUGCGAUCAAUGGGAAAUCCUCCAGCUGGCGUCAAGCUUGCUCUGGAGGCGGUAUGCACCUUAUUGGGUCACAAAAUCGACAACUGGAAGACCAUCCAGGCUAUAGUGCGUAGAGACGACUUCAUAGCUAGCAUUGUUGGCUAUGACAAUGAGCGUCAAAUGACCCGAAGUCAUCGCAUCAGGAUGCAAAAUGAAUUCCUCUCUAAGGACGACUUUACCUACGAAAGAGUGAACCGUGCCAGCAAAGCUUGCGGACCCCUGGUUCAGUGGGUAGAGGCACAAGUCAACUUCUCAGAUAUCUUAGACCGUAUAGGUCCUUUGCGUGAGGAGGCCGAUCACCUCGAGGAGCAAGCCUUACAGACCAAAGCGGAAGCCAAGGCCAUCGAGAACACCAUCGUCAACCUCGAGAACAGCAUCGCUACUUAUAAGUCAGAAUACGCUGCUCUCAUUAGCGAAACACAAUCCAUCAAGUCAGAGAUGUCCCGCGUUGAGAAUAAGGUCAAUCGAAGUGUUAAGCUGCUUGACAGUCUUUCUGCGGAGCGGACUCGGUGGGAAUCAGGAAGCAAAUCUUUCGAGACGCAGAUCAGCACCAUCGUCGGUGAUGUUUUGGUGGCGGCUGCAUUCCUUGCCUACAGUGGUCUGUACGAUCAACAGCUACGUAAAGCCAUGGUUGAUGACUGGUUAGAUCAAUUGUCACAGUCAGGCAUCAAGUACAAGAUGCACAACCCUGUAACGGAGUAUCUCUCACACGCAGACCAGCGCCUCAAGUGGCAAGAGCAUGGCUUGCCAGUCGAUGACCUCUGCACCGAGAAUGCCAUCAUUCUGAAGCGCUUCAACCGUUACCCUCUAAUCAUCGAUCCGUCAGGACGCGCUACAGAGUUUUUACAGAACGAAAGCAAAGAGCGCCAACUCACCGUUACCAGCUUCCUGGAUGACUCCUUCAUCAAGCAGCUUGAAAGUUCGCUCCGUUUUGGCAACCCAAUUUUGAUUCAAGACGCAGAGCAUCUGGACCCGGUCCUGAAUCACGUGUUGAACAAAGAGUACCAAAAGACCGGCGGCCGAGUUCUGAUCCAGCUUGGCAAGCAAGAGAUCGAUUUCUCACCUGCAUUCAAGCUUUACUUAUCGACACGAGACCCAUCUGCUAUGUUCCCUCCUGACAUCUGCAGCCGAACUACUUUUGUAAAUUUCACCGUGACGCAGAGUAGUCUUCAGACACAGUCAUUGAACGAUGUGCUCAAGUCUGAGAGGCCAGAUGUUGACCAGAGGCGUACGAAUCUUGUCAAGAUGCAAGGCGAGUUCAGUACCCAUCUACGCGGUCUCGAGAAACGCUUGCUUCAGGCUCUCAAUCAGUCACGAGGCAACAUUCUAGAUGAUGACGUCGUCAUCGAGACGCUGGAGACGCUUAAGAAGGAGGCUGGCGAGAUAUCGAAGAAGGUGGCAGAGACAGAUGGUGUAAUGGCUGAAGUCGAAACCAUCACCCAACAAUACACCGCGGUUGCUCGCGCCUGCAGCGCUGUCUUUGCGGUUCUUGAGCAGCUACAUCACUUAAAUCACUUCUACCAGUUCUCGUUGCACUAUUUCAUUGACAUCUUCGAUUCUGUCCUGCACAAUAAUGCGAAUCUCCGAGCGCUUAAAGACUACACGGCAAGAGGGGAUGUCAUCCUGCGUGAUCUCUUCAUCAACACCUACCGGAGAACAUCAUUGAGUCUACUGCAGAGAGAUCGCGUUACCUUUGCGAUGCUUCUUGCUCAAGCCUCACCAUACCCGAUGGACAAAAGUCUCAUCGAGAGUAUCUUGAAUCCAGGAAUAGAGGGCAACGACGUAUCAACCAACGGUAGUCUUUGGACAGACGCUCAAGCCAAAGCUGCUCGUCUUCUGCCUCUGAAGCCUUUCAUCUCCGAUAUCUCUGACAAGAAUUGGGACCGCUUCUGUACCGAAGAGUUAGCCGAGAAUUUUGUGCCAAGGGUCUGGGACGAUGGGACAAGCAUCCUGGAUCGGCACCUUCGAUCGCUUUUGUUGGUCAAGUUAUUCAGGCUCGAUCGUUUCGUACCAGCUGCCGAGAAGUUUGUCGUAGCCGUGUUCGGCGAAUCUGUAUUCGAGGCCACUAGCGACCUGCAAGAAGUUGUGAGCCAAGUCACACCAAAAACUCCCAUCGCGCUAAGCUCUAGCCCUGGAUUCGAUGCAAGCUAUAAGGUCGAAAAUCUGGUCGAGAAAACGAAAGCUCAGUGUUCCUACAUUGCUAUGGGCUCCAUCGAAGGCGUUGCCAGUGCGGACAAGGCUAUCAGUAAUGCAGCUGCCACAGGAAAUUGGGUGCUCAUCAAGAACGUACAUCUUGCGCCGAUAUGGCUGCAGAGUCUGGAAAAAAGACUUGGCUCGCUGAAACCGCAUCCUGAAUUCCGCGUAUUCCUUUCCAUGGAAACAAGUCCUAAGAUAUCCGUCAACCUGUUGCGAGCUUCCAGAGUGUUGAUGUAUGAACAGCCGGCAGGAGUGCGAGCGAAUAUGAGAGAUUCCUUGUCAACGCUGUCUAUCCGAGCCGUUCAGCAACCAAGAGAAAAAGCAAGGCUAUAUCUACUACUUUCUUUUCUGCACGCGGUGAUUCAGGAACGACUGCGCUACGCACCAACUCUGGGAUGGAAGGGUUUCUGGGAGUUCAAUGACAGCGAUUACGAAUGCGCGGCUUACAUCAUCGACACGUGGAUGGAUGCUGUUGCAAACGGAAGGACAAACAUCGCCCCUGUUAAAAUCCCCUGGGAUCUUAUUCGGACUCUCAUCACAGAGACAUAUGGCGGAAAGGUCGACGAUGAAGCGGACUUCAAGCAGCUAUCUCAGCUUGUGAACAGCUUCUUGACACCGGAGGCCUUUGAGCAUGAUCACAAGCUUGUCAGAGGGGCGCCAAGAGAGGAGGCAGAAUUUUACAGUGAAGGGGAUGGAAGUCUGAUUGUUCCCGAGGGGAACGAAAUGAAGGAUUUCAUGGAGUGGGUAAAUCGCUUGCCUGAGCGUGAACCUCCUACGUACCUUGGAUUACCAGCAAAUGCGGAGAAGCUACUGCUUGUGGGUCAUGGACGCAAUAUACUUGCGAACUUGGCCAAAAUUACCGAGAUACUGGAUGAGACGGAGCAGCUGACAGAAGAAGCCGAGAGGCAGAGUUGA